UUCACGAAAAUAAUGCUGUUUACAUCAGAGUUAGUUCUGUUUGUUAUUUUUCUCUUGUCUGCUUUUGCAUCACUCGAUCCUCCUAUGCAGCCUCUGAUAGAUGGAAGUAAAUUUGCUUUCAUAAGGGCUCCUUACGUGAAUACGAUUAAGAUACAGAAAGAUCUUGCACUGGAGAACGAUAUAAGUUCACGAUGGCCCAGCGGCAUCGUAAGAUAUUAUGUGGACAAACGAUCUUAUGAUGUUAUUUUCGAAACCUUAAUGAGAUCGCCUAUUCAUAUAGUACAGAGCAGUUCUUGUAUCGAAUUUAUGAGUAUGAAAGAGAAACCAUCGGAUAACACAACUUGGCUUCACAUCACUAAUCCAAAAAAAGUACGGGAAUGCAAUCAUGAGCCAAGGUUUAAGGAUACCGGAGAAAUCGAACUAGUUUUUGGAUAUGACUGUUUAAAGACCAAGGAAAUGCUGCAUACUCUACUCCACGGGAUCGGUAUCAAGGACGAAGUAACACAUCCCCAUCGGGAUAAAUACAUAAGGGUACUGUGGGAUAACAUCCAUCCUGCUCACCAACAUUUGUAUCGUAAACAAACAGAGAAAUCGUCUAAGACUCUGGUGGAAUACGAUCCCUUGAGCGUGAUGCAUUUUCAUGAUCGAGCUUUCAGCAGAAAUGGGCGCGCUACUAUAGCACCUUUGGAACCUGGUAUACUGAUUUCUCCUUCAGAUACGUUGUCCCAGCUUGACAAAAUGCGUUUACAGAUUUAUUUUGGCCAUGAAUGUAAUAAAAGGAAAGUGUCUAACUUAUUAAAGACCUGUAAAAACUCUUUGGGAGCAAAAAGAGGGGAACAGGCUGGUGAUAAUGGAAGACAAAACGCAGAUAGUGAUGACGUAGAUGAUGACUAUGAUGCUGAAAACAAUACAGCUGCAACAGAUAAUGACAAAAAUAAAAGCACACAGAAGCAGAUGACAGACGUAGAAGAUGAAGAAGAAAUCGAUUUAAAAGAAGAAGUGAAAAAUCAGGAAGAACAAGAUGUAUCAGAAAUUGAAGGACAAGUUGUAGAAGAUGAGGAUGUAGAUGAUCCAGAUGUUGAAGAAGAGGAAACACAAGCUACAGAUAGACAAAGGGCAGAAAAACAAGAUGCAGGGGAACAAAAUGCAGAAUGGCAAACAGCAGAAGGACAAAGUGCAGAGCAACAAAAUGAAGAGGAACCAACGAUAAACGGACAAAAUUCUGGCAUUGAAAAUGAAGGAAAUGAAGAUGGAGAAAGUACAAACAACAAAAAUAUCGUAGUAGAUGAAGAUAAUGAAAAAUCCACGAAAAGCACAAAUGAAAAUUCUGAUGAAAUGAAGUCAGUUAAGAAACAAUUGACAGAAAGUGCAUACGAAAGCGAUAUUACAGAACGUACGAGUAGUGAAAAAGAUUUGCAAUUUGAAAAUAAACAGGAUGCAGACUCAGAUGCAAAUAAUGUCUUACAAAAGAAUGAAAUCCGUAAACAAAAUAAAUAGUAGUGAAAUGGCAAAAGUGAAAUGAUUAGGAUUAUGAAAUUUUCGUCGGUAAAUAAAAAACAAUUUAAAAAAAAGAUGACGAAUGAUGAUCCUUAAAUUAAGCUUGUACUUGUGUAAGAUAGGGAAGGUCUUAAAUGGUAGAGAUAUAUAGAUUUUAAACUAU